AUGCGCCUGUACGAGGAAUACGACAACGAAACGGAUUCACACUACCACCACCUCAGAGGUACCAGAAACCUAUUGAAUCACGACGCCAUCGCCCGUUUUGUCACACAGGGCGGGCUAGCCGAGGCCGCGAGUUGGGUCCACCUCCGCCAGGCCCUUUACGUAUACCUGGUUCGUCGAACACCCAUAGAAAUAUGCUUGGAGAACUUUGAGAGAUCGUCCACAUUCAAAAGCAACGAUGACACGGCGCACGCAAAUCGCAUCGUGUACCUAUUCGCAAAGGUGCUGAAGCUUUUCUUUCCCGAGGAUGGGAUAGAAUCCCCUACAGAUAGCGCGACGGCGUGGGAGAAACUGCAAGCCGACGUGGAGGUUUGGUAUCGAGAGAAACCCAUCUCGUUCCGACCGCUCUUUUACGAAAAGGCAGAUGUGGUGAGGGAGAGGCCUUUCCCAACCCUCUGGAUGGCUGCUGAUCCAGGUAAGAAGAGCGCUCAUUCCUGUGCCAAGUCAAAAACGGAGACUAGAGGCAGAUCCCUUAGCAUGGAAGGGUUUGCGCACCGGUGCUGA